UUAUCAGUGAAAGUGUAACAGCGCAGAGCAACUUUUCUUCCGAAGGAUCAGUUUUCCAUCGAAGCUCGGGAUCAGUUUUUCAGUGCUGUGCUUACGAGAGAACAGUUCAGUUCUGCCGCCGAGUGUUGUUUCGGAGUGCCACUACCGGCCGCGGCUAAUUGAAUCGAUUGCUGUUGUGCUUUUUGCCUGUUGCCUGCGGAACAACGUGUUGCUCGUGGACGUGGACGCGGUCGUUGGGCUAGACACGGUGCAAGUUCGGAGGAAUAGAUUGCCGUUUCAUACGCUGGUGUGCUGCUGCAGAGUUGAAAAUUGCAUCCGCGCUGUGAUUGACACACGGAAGCAAACGGUUCAACACCUCUCUAAAAGGACCUGUCACAUCAUUUAGGCUCUCUGCCCACCCACUUCAACCAACAACCAUGAUGGUUUCCACCAGUAUGACCACGAGGCAUAUUCUGCUGGUUCUAGCUAUGCUGCUGUGUGUAGUUAAAUUGACCACCGGACGACCACAAAACGCAAUCGACAACCAGGAUGCCCCCGAGAUAAACCUAAACGAGCUGCGGAAACUGUACUCCAACUACAACCCGUAUGGUUCGAACUCACUGGAUGACUACGGACUGGACCGGUUACAGCUGCAACUGCUGGCACAAUAUGCCCAGAGCAACGCCAUCGGUGGAGCAGGCGGCUGGGACCAGCUGUACCGUGCACCGGAAAUGAAACGCCAGAUCCGGUAUCGUCAGUGCUACUUCAACCCAAUCUCUUGCUUCAAGAAGUAAGCGAAUUCUGCGGCCCCCCAUCUUUUGUUUUGGAAUGCUCCUGCGUUUUCUCAUCAUCCGUUGUAACUGUUUGUAAUACACCCUAACUACUCUCGAGUACCGCUGGGAUGGAUGUUCAUGGCAUCAUGUAUAGCUGGCCCCCAUAGCUGUAAGAAACAGGUAGUAGCAUACUAUUGCACAAAGUCAACUAACCAACACCUAGGGAUAUAGGCAACUCUGCGACCAACAACACCUUCAAUAUGAUCUUCUCCAGACAUACCGGGAAGCGUGCAGUGAAGUGAGUGGAGCAUCAUCGUUUCAUUUUCGUUCUGUAUAAACAUAUGACUAACAACUUAAGGCAACAUUAAUCAUAUAUCUAAUGCUAGUGAGUGCUACCCGGAAUCUAAAUUGCCGUUUCUCUUUGAUGAAGUAAAAGGUUACACAGGAAGAGGCUAGCGAAAAUCUGGAAAGGUUAUUUUACUUCGUACGGAAUUGUUUGUAAAUUAUUGGAAAUAUACUGUGAGAUGAUACAAUUAACUAAUGUCAUAUAAAGGAGCAGUUUGAAUCGCUACUGUCACUGUUAUGUUCGAAAAAUUGUAGAAUUCUUAUCGAGAGGAUGUAAAUCAGAUAAAUAAACUAUUUUGUUAGCAAUUAAAGUACUGAAUCCGAAA